CAUCCAAUUUUCUUUGUUUUCUUUCUUCACAAUGUACAUCACUGUAUGUUCAUAAAUACAAAGAGUGUUCCUUAUAGAAAGGAUGUUAAGCACCAAAUUCCAACUUUGAGGAUGGAGAAACAUUAUUACUAAUUAGUGAAAUGCAAUAAUUAUCAGUGUAAAAAGUUCAUACCCUUUACCUUGAGACUACAAUAUUUAACAUAGGAAUCAACAAAAUGUAUUAGUGACUGCUCGUCUUGGUAAAAAAAAAAAAAUGCUGGGGUGCAAUACAAGUGAGAUGCCUGGCAAAUUAUGUGUUCCUUUGAUUCCUUUGCAGAAGCUGGAGGUAUUAAGAAAGGCAUGUGUAGUUUACUUUGUGUUAUAAGAAAAAAAAAAAAAAUCACGUGCUUAGUGCCAUGAAGAUCAAGAUCAAGUCAUAUUGCGUAAAGACUCCCGUUAGAAAAGCAGUUUUUCACGUGAUUGUAGAUGUAAACACUCCUCCUUAGGGUGCUGAACUGGACGUAUCAUCCACUCGGUAUACUGGCAUGUCUCAAGGAGCAGUGGGGGAUGAUGUGGAUGGAGUGGUUGCAAUCGUGGCUGUUGUAUCAUCCAAGAAACACAAUAGUCAUUCACCAAGCCCAGUCAAGGUUGUGGUGCCAGCCAGCCCUGAGUCUGAGGUGGAGGAGGAUGGAGUGGCUCUCUUGACUGAUGCAGAGUCUCCGGCAGUCAGGGAGAAUGGAGAUCUGUUUGCCUCUUGUCAGCUCCUAACCAAUAGCUUUGAGGCAGGAGAUGGAAUUACUUGGUACAAAGCAGUAUUCCUCAUAGUCAAUGCUGCUCUGGGUGCAGGGCUGCUCAAUUUUCCUAGAGCAUUCCAGGAAGCUGGUGGAAUUCUGUCUGGUAACAUCGUUCAUGUUAUCUUCACAACACUAGCCUUGGGAUCACUCAUUAUCAUUGCAAAAUGUGGAAGUGAACGUAACUGCAAAACAUAUCAGGAGUUAGUUUUAGACAUGUGCAGUCUUGGCUGGGGAAUGGCAGCUUCUGUAUGCAUUGCUGUGUACUGCUUUGUCACCUGCAUCACCUUCAUCAUAAUAAUUGGGGACCAGUUUGAUAGAGCAUUUGCAUCAUUUUUGGGGAGUAACUUUUGUCACUCUUGGUACCUGAACCGCAAAUUUACCAUGACCAUCUCGUCGCUGCUGCUGAUCUUUCCUUGCUGUCUGAAGAGGAUAGAUGGUCUUAGGUAUAUGAGCUAUAUUGGUGUUCUGUCCAUAUGGUAUUUAACAGCCGUAAUUAUAGCUGAGUUCUAUACAGGGGACUAUGAGAGAGGACCAAUCACGGAGUUCAAUGUUUCCUGGACUCAGAUUUUUGAUGUGGUGCCAACGAUAUGUUUUGGUUACCAGUGUCAUGUCAGCUGUGUUCCAAUCUACUCCUGUCUCAAGGAUCGGAAUGCCUCAACUUUCUCAAAGGCUUGUGUGUCUGCUGUGGUGGUUUGCCUGAUGGUGUACACUAUAUCUGCUAAUUAUGGCUACCUGACCUUUGGUUCCUUGGUUGAUGGUGAUGUCUUGUUGUCUUAUGAUGCGAGCAAAAUUCAAGUUCUCCUGGCUGUCAUCCUCUUGGCUUUAAAGUCUUGGACAACUUAUCCUAUUCUCAUGUUUUGUGUCAGGGAAGCAAUAGGUGAUCUGUACGUUCAACUGCGCAGGAUUUCACCUGUGGAGGCAGCCAUCUCUGAGCCCAGACGGAGAAAGAUAAUUGCACUGCUGUUGUGGGCUGCUUCUAUAUUGAUGGCUUUAUUCACUCCAAAUAUUAAUAUUGUUGUGAAGUUGCUGGGCAGUCUUGCUGCCAUAUUCAUCUUUGUCUUCCCUGGAAUGUUCCUGCUCCAGGAAGUACUAGGCAAGCGUGGAAAUCUCAUUCCCUUCACCUGGAGUCGGAGAAUGCUGGUAGGUGUGGCCAUGUUCUACGUGGUGGUGGGAAUGUUUGCCUUUGGCUUGGCUUUCACUUUGGGAGUGAGGCAUAUCAUGCACCCUGAUAGUAGUCAACCCCUCUGUAAAUAAUAUUGUAUUUAGGAAUUAGAAACAAUUUUAUUUUAAUAGUUUUAGUUUCUUGUUUGUUGCUCACUGAUGCUUAUCAGCCAUUCAGUCACUAUGUGAUUGAAAACAUAUUUUAUAUAUCCUAAGUUUUUAAUUAUUUGUUUUAGUUGAUUGAAUAAGGUUUUAGAAAAUUGUAAUUGGUUGUAGUGCAUGGAAUAAGGUUGUAAGAUUUUCAAUUGGUUGUAGUGUAUUUUAAUUAGGCCCUAAAAAAUUGAAGGACAAAAAUAGCAUUAGUAUUUUAAGUAAAGAAAUACUGGUUGAAUAUAUCUCACAUGAUCAGGCAGAGCCAAGAAUCCAAAGCAGAUUCUCAUAGCCUUUGAUGAUUUCCAACUGCCCUCUUAUAGUAACAAGUAUAGUAUUAUUUGUAUGUAAUGUAAUGUUAAGGCCUUGUAUUUAAAUAAUUUAUUUUGCUUUGUACUUACAUACCUUAGGGGGAUGGAAUUAAAAACAAAGUGCAGCAGAGGAGGGGGUGAAGGGUAAAUGAGCCAUAUGAGGUUAUACAUAGGAAUGUUUAUUUCUGUUAUGGACAAAUAGUUCUCUGGACUUAUGUCCAGAGAAUGUAUUCCUAACUUUUUGUUGAGAUUGAGGGUCAGGUUGUAUACUUCAAUGAAAUUGGGUUGUAAGAUGAAAAUCUGAAUGAGUAUUGGAAGUUGUCUAUGAGUGAGAGUGCAUCUUUAAAUGAGACCAUCUGAGUGGUCAGGAUGUACAGUAUUUAAGUGUAGAAAGAGAAAUUAGGGCAGUAUGUGGGAGGGUAUGAUUGUGUAUACAGAGUUUGAUAAAAGUUAUAGCAGAGAUCUGGGUAGAUAUGACAGUAUGGUCAUAUCUCUGAGGCAGUAAAGGCAUACUGGGUGGAUGAAGAGUGAAGAGUUUGUAAAAAAAGCAAAGAGCAAAGUUGAAAGUGUUCAUAGGAGAGAGCCACUUGGAAAGUGAAAGAUUUAGGCAAAGGAGUACUGGUGUGAAAGGAGUGUUGGCUGAGGCCAAGCGUUUGAACAAGCAAGGAUGGAGUGUUUAGGUAGGGAGAAAGUCUCCUUGAGGGAGCAAGGUAUCAGUGAGAGACGUAUGCAUCCAUAGAGAUUUUCUUUACAUAAGUUGAAGUCUAUGACCAUAGUCUAUUUCAUAAUGAUUGGCAGAAAAGGUAAAUGGAUAGCAGUUUAUGUCAGAGAUACUUUGAAAUGAGUUGAUAAUUUAGUGAAAUCAAAUGAUAAUGGAAAUGUAAAGUUCUUUGUUAAAAGUAUGGAGUUUUAAGUUGUGUUAGUGUAGUUUGUAAUGUUAAAACAAGAAAAAUACUUUAUUAAAAAGUGGGAUGCAUCACUAGUGGAAUGAUUCAUAAGAAUUUUUUGAAAAUUAAGUACAGUUUAAAUAUAGUUUACUAUCAAGAGGGUUAUUGGUUCUCACCUGGAGCUGUGAUAAUAUAUAUAGUACUGUGAAUCCUGACUGAUCAUGUCAAUAGUUUAUCUAAUCAUAUUGCCUAAGAUCUGGUCAAGUUAGAUUUAUUUUAUAGUACAGAAAGAUAUUGCAUGAUUUAUAUUGUUGAGAUUGACUUUGUAUUAGAUUUUUAUUGAGAUGAUUUCUAUUUUUCAUAUCUAAUACUCAUGAUACAGGUUUGUAUGGUAACCCUUGCAUUUGGUGAGCUCAGAAUGAAACUAGAUGUAUUUUCACUAUGGCCAUAAUGUCAGUUUGUACUCUUAAAAAGCAAACCAAAUGAAAGUGGUGAAGUGGGAGAGUAAAUCUGUGUUAUCUUAUAGAUUGAUAGAUUAUACCUUGAAUUGUCUGGAAUACAGACUAACAUUAAGAAUCUAUCCUGUGAACUUUGGGUAUCAGUCAUAAAACCUGUAUUUUAUUAUAGUUUUCUACUUAUACUAAUUUAAUUUUGUAUUGAUCAUUAAUACUCUAUAGAAAUAAGCAUGAAAAUUAUAAGAAUAUUAUAUAAUUUAACUGAGAAGUCUGUCGAGUCUGAGGCAGUUUUACCUCUAAAAAUUAAAACCAUUCUACAUGUGCACACUGCUACAGCCAUCAGUAAUUGUAACUGGUAAGUGAGAUUAAACUGUGAUUUCUUAUAGUUAUCUAACAGUAUUGUUCAAGUUUAGGCAUUAAUGUUAUGAUAUGUCUAUUUUUACAUUUUUUGGCAAGAACUUUUACAUGUUAAAGAAAAAAAAUUGAAGGCUGUAGCUGAAAUAAAUUUAGAAAUGCA